AUGAAUGGCAUUGAAUGCCGGUUAAUUCAAACCACUUUUCACAAAAUUUCCACAAUUUCAUCGAUAUUUAUGAACUUGCUGCUGAUCAUUCUCGUCGUAUUAAGAUCUCCGAAAAGCAUGAAUGAAUACAAAUACUUGCUCAUUGGAGCUUCAAUCUUUGAAAUAUUUUAUUCAGUUAUUGAAUUUGUUACCUCCCCAAUUGUUCAUUCAUUUUACACUGUAGUCAUAGUUCUGUCCGAUAUAAGAUGCAAAUGGUUAUCUAGAGAAAUUAUGUUGGUAUUAAUAUCAACGUACUGUGGGUUAUUCGGAUCCUUUUUGGUAAUCUUUGUGGUUUUAUUCAAAUAUAGAUACGCUGUAAUUAGCCAAACCAUUAACUCAACAUAUUUUACAAAGUGGAGAGUUUUCACGCAUUCGUUUAUGGUUUUGUUGGGUGGGCUUAUUUGGGCAUCAAUCGGUUAUUUUACAUUUGGGAGGAGCAACGAGGUUGAUGAAUUUAUCAGAUCCGGCUUACAAAAUGAGCUUGGCUUGAGCCCCGAAGAUAUAGUUUACUUGGCUCCGCAUUUCCUGAUUGAUGGACAAGACCAGAAAAUUAUUAACUGGACAUGUAUCUACGGAAUGCUUGGAGUCAGUAUGAU